CGUAGUCAUGCAAUUGAUCAUCAGCUUGCGCGCGGAUGUGGAUGGGGCGGUGCACAUCCUAGAGCGUUCAUCACGAUUUGGCGAGGCGUUCGCUCCAUCAUCACAUCGAUCAAGCCUGUCCAGCUUUGCUCACGAUCCGACAUCAACCACAGCCAUUUCCUUCAUACAGCGUAUCGGAAGGGUCGGAAGAGCACUACGGGCGCUUGAAAGAGGAUUGGAGACCAAUCACACAGCGCUCAUUCAAGACCACAGCGAUCAUGCCGGCACCUCGAGAGAUCAACUCCCAGUCGGAGUUUGACAGCGCAAUGUCAUCCGCCGGCAGCUCACUCGUCGUGGUGGACUUCACAGCAAGUUGGUGUGGUCCAUGCAAAGCCAUAGCGCCCACAUUCGCCUCUCUCGCCUCUUCCCAUCCAACCGUGCUCUUCCUCAAAGUGGACGUGGAUCGCAACAGGUCCAUCUCUCAAGCCUACAACAUCUCAGCCAUGCCCACCUUUCUCUUUUUCAAGAACAAGAGCAUCAUUGACAAGAUUCGCGGCGCAGAUCCUUCCAAGCUGACCGAGCUUGUGAGGAAACACGACACGGGCAAGGGACCUAGCGGUGGCUUCCCAGGUGGAGGACAGACGAUCGGUGGAGCAGCAGCAGCAGCGUCCACUGGGCCUAGCGCUGGCAUCCAGUUGCCCAACUCCCUCGAAGGCGUCGCCACAGAGAAUUUGUUACCCUUGCUCGUCCUCGUAGCAUAUUUGAUCUACGUCUUCUGGCCCAACUGACCUGCGCAAUCUCAAUUGCGGGGCCAGAUAUCAAGUCUUGUUCUACACCGUCACCGAGG